AUGGAGAAAAUAUAUAACGAUGCCGUCAAACGUUUGCAAGAGUUUCAUUCGGUACAAGUAGAACCACUGAAUCAAGCAGCGAUACCACACCCAACUCACUGGUUGCCUCCUCCUCCAUCAGUUUACAAAUUAAACUUUGAUGGAGCAACUUUCCCGGAUAUGGCUUCGGUGGGUCUGGGAGUGGUGGCUCGUGACUCGGAUGGCAUGGUUAUUGCUUCCCUUUCAAAACGUAUCACCCUACCACCUACUGUGGAAGACCUGGAAGCACUAGCGUGUAGGAGAGCCGUCUCAUUCGCAAUAGAAAUUGGACUCUGGGAUGUUGUUUUUGAAGGCGAUUCAGAGGUAGUUAUAAAACAUCUCACUGCUGAACAGCCUUGCUUGGCUGCAUUUGGACACAUUAUAGAUGAAGCCCGCUCCUUAUCAACAAGGUUGAGAAAGGUAUCCUUCUCACACACAAAGCGAAAGGGAAACACUGUUGCAGACAAACUCGCGAAGCUAGCGAGAAAUUUGUAUGAGCCAAAAGUUUGGUUAGAGGACAUUCACAGUAAUGUAAUGAGCUUUGUAAUUCUUGACAGAGGCAUUCUGCCUCAUUAA